UCAGUUUCGUCUGUACUUCUGUAACAUUAACGCAUAGCAUAUCAUAACAUGGAAGGUUUAAUUAGCAUUUCCGAAGUGAAUUCUAUGAAUGAUGAGAGAUUUGAGUGGGUGUUUAGGAAUGUGAUAGAACUAUGCAGCGAGGCGGCGGCGCACGUAAAGCACAUGCGUCCGUUUAAAGACGUUACUGACCUAUGUGCUGCGUUCUAUAAAUAUUUGAACGAAGUGAGUUAUGAAGAAAAGUUAAAAGUACUAAUGUCUCAUCCUGAUUUGGCGGGACGCUUAGCAGCGCAAGGAGAGCUGACACAAGAAUCUGCGUCUGAGCAACAGAGUGCUGGACUGAGCGAUCUUAGUAAUGCCCAGAAAGCAAUCAUCGAUUCAAGUAACAAAAGAUAUAAAGAAAAAUUUGGUUUCCCUUUUAUAAUAUGUGCAAGGGAAAACAAAGUGCAAUCAAUAAUUGAUGGUUUAAAUUUACGAUAUGGAAAUACCAGAGAUGAGGAAAUAAAUAUUGGUAUAAAUGAAGUAAAGAAAAUAUGUAAACUGCGAAUACUUGAUAUUGUAAAGAAUGAAUAGGAAACAUAAAAAUUAA